AAUAUAAAUAAAUAAAUAUAAAAAUAUUAUAUUUCAUUUUCAUUCUUUAUUGUGAAUAAAUAAAAUAUAUCAUUUCAGAAGAAUAUUUUUCGUAUUUCCCACCAUUUUUGAAAGCACCUAUCAGAGCAGUUCAAUUCGACCAAUCAGAUCACAGAAUUGAACACGUGUGACAGUUAUAUAUUUGUGACAUGUGUAGUGAUAAAAGAGAAUAUUUAUCAGAUAACAUUUAUUAAAAUACCUUUAAUUAAUAUUACUAAGAAUUGCUAUAGAUUUAAUUAAAUGUUUUAUAUCAAUUAAAAUGUAUUUUUAUAAUUAAUAAAAUAAAGAAACAAAUAUUCUCACAUUUGUAAUUUAAGGUUAAGUUAUACAAAUGUUUUUAAUACGUUGUCAACGUUUAACUAGCAAUUAUGUUAUCAGAAGGAUAUCUACAAAUGUAUCAAAAAAUUUAAUGAAAGAUUAUCGUACUCCUGAACAAAAACAAAAUAUACGAUCUACUGCACUGUAUAUGACUGGUUUGGGUAUACUCGUAACUGGGCUUAGUUAUGCAGCAGUACCAUUGUAUGGAAUGUUUUGUCAGGCAUUCAGUUAUGGAGGAACUGUAAUUGGUCACGAUGAUAGCACAUUAUCAACCAUGCAGCCUGUUAAAGAAAGAAAGAUAAAAGUAAAGUUCAACGCUGAUGUAGGUGCAUCAAUGGCAUGGAAUUUUAAACCUUUACAACGAGAAAUAACAAUAAUCCCAGGAGAGACAGCGUUAGCAUUUUACACUGCUAAAAAUCCUACAGACAAACCAGUCAUCGGUAUUUCUACUUAUAAUGUAGUACCUUUCGAAGUAGGACAGUAUUUUAAUAAAAUACAAUGCUUUUGUUUCGAAGAACAAUUAUUGAAUCCACAUGAACAGGUCGAUAUGCCAGUAUUCUUUUAUAUCGAUCCAGAAUUCAAUGAAGAUCCUAAAAUGGAAUUCAUUAAUGAUAUAACUUUGUCUUAUACAUUUUUCGAAUCUAAAAGUAAUCUUAAUCUUCCUAUACCAAGUUAUAUCAAAAAACAUAGUUCGAAGGAAGCAUAAGUUAUUUUCUAUAUAACUUUUUAUAAUUGUACAAAGAAAUAUAUAUAGUGAAUUUGUUUAUG